GCAGACGGACGGACGGACGGACGCGGGGGUAUCGCGCCUGCUUUUGGGGUUCGAGCCGUAAUGUUUCCACCUCCGGGCGGCGGGUAGCACGCAGCGGAUCAACUUUGUCGCGUCGCGUUUUUUUUACGCAUUCGCGCCAGCAGGAGCUCGAAGGGGGGGGAGGACGAGACGAAGCCGAGGCAAGGGAGCGAGGGAGGAAGGAAGGAAGGAAGGAAGGAAAGAACGAACGAAGAAAGAAAGAACGAACGACUUCAGAAAGAACAACACACGGACACGGAAGGCGGACCGCGCGUGUCCCUCCUCUCGGCUGCGACCCUAAAGCCCGCCCGCAGCCUCCGGGAUGUCGGAGCGCGGAGGAGGGCUCCCCCGGACCGGGGGGGUCCCGUCGCCGCACAUGCAGCCCUGCAAGCCGGUCAGCAUCACCUCCAACCGGCCGGUCCACAUGAACCUGUACGCCACCUGGGAGGUGGACCGCUCCUCGCCCAGCUGCGUGCCGAGGCUCUUCAACCUCACUCUGAAGAAGCUGAUCAUGCUGAAGGAGCUGGACAAGGACCUCACCUCCGUGGUCAUCGCCGUCAAACUGCAGGGCUCCAAGCGGAUCCUGCGCUCCAACGAGAUCCUGCUGUCCUCGGCGGGGCUGACGGAGACCGACCUGCAGCUCACCUUCUCGCUGCAGUACCCGCACUUCCUGAAGAGGGACGCCAACAAGCUGCAGAUCAUGCUGCAGCGGCGGAAGCGCUACAAGAACCGGACCAUCCUGGGCUACAAGACCUUGGCCCUGGGCCUCAUCAACAUGGCCGAGGUGAUGCAGCACCCCAGCGAGGGGGCCCAGGUCCUCGGGCUCCACAGCCAGCAGAAGGACGCCUCGGUGCCCGUCGCCGAGAUCCGAGUGUACUCCCUGUCCAGCCAGCCCAUCGACCACGAGGGGCCCAAAGCCAAGAUGUCGGAUCGCUCCCCAGACAUCGACAACUACUCUGAGGAGGAGGAGGAGAGCUACUCGUCGGAGCAGGAAGGCAGCGACGACCCCGUCCACGGCCAGUAUCUUUUUGACGAAGAAGACGAGGUGAGGAAGAAGAAACCGAGGCGCAAACUCCCUUCCAAUGCAGCCAUCACCAGACAACCCAACAUCAAGCAGAAGUUCGUGGCCCUGCUGAAGCGGUUCAAAGUCACGGAUGAGGUGGGCUUCGGCCUGGAGCACGUGUCCAGGGAGCAGAUCCAGGAGGUGGAGGAGGACCUGGACGAGCUCUACGACAGCCUGGAGAUGUACAACCCCAGCGACAGCGGGCCGGAGAUGGAGGAGAACGACAGCAUCCUCAGCACGCCCAAACCCAAGCUGAGGCCCUUCUUCGAGGGGAUGUCUCAGUCCAGCUCCCAGACGGAGAUCGGCAGCCUGAACAGCAAAGGCAGUUUGGGUCGAGACCCUUUCAGCCCGCAGGGGGAGCAGCCUCCUCUGGGGAAGAUGAAACUGUCCCGCAGCCGCAACCUGGAGGAGGCCCUGUCUGAGACCGACACACUGGAGCUGACGGAUCAGGAGCUGUUUGCUGAGGUGGGCCCCUGCAUCACGGUGUCCGUGGCGGAGAAACCCCGUACGCCCAUGAAGAGCAGCAAGAGUGAGAACCAGGCCCUGCCGUCGCCGAGGUUGGAUGGAGGCCACACCCCCAGACACAAGCGCAUCAGCACCCCCGCCAAGGAGAGGCAGCUCGCCAAGCCGCUGAGCGAGAGGACCAACAGCUCCGACUCGGAGAGGUCCCCGGAGCUGGGUCACAGCACGCCGCUCCUGAGGAAGGUGGUGUACGACCAGCUGAACCAGAUCUUGUUGUCGGACUCUGCGCUGCCAGAGAGCCUGAUCCUGGUCAACGUCAGCGACUGGCAGGGACAGUACGUGGCGGAGCAGCUGCAGGUGCAGCGGCACCCGGUGGUCUGCACGUGCUCCUCGGCUGAAAUCCAGGCGGUGCUGUCGGCCGUGCUCACCCGCAUCCAGAAAUUCUGUAACUGUAACUCGUCGAUGCCCAGGGCGGUGAAGGUGGCGGCGGUGGGCGGCCAGAGUUACCUCGGCGCCAUCCUGCAGUUCUUUGUCACGCAGCUCGCCAACAAGACGUCCGACUGGCUCAACCACAUGCGCUUCCUGGUGGUGCCUCUGGGCUCCCACCCGGUCGCCAGGCACCUCGGCGCCCUCGACAACCGCUACAGCUCCUCCUUCCUGGACGGGGCGUGGAGAGACGUGUUCAGCCGCGGCGAGCCGCCGCAGACAGAUCAGUUGGACGUCGCAGCGAGAAUCUCCCAGUACAUCAGCGGCGCCACGGUGACGCACCAGCUGCCCAUUGCCGAGGCCAUGCUGACCUGCAAGCACAGGACGCGAGAUGAAGACUCCUACCAGAAGUUCAUCCCUUUCAUCGGGGUGGUGAAGGUGGGCCUCGUCGAGUCGGGUCCCUCUCCGACCGGAGACGGCGAAGAGGGCGUGGCGGCGAGCUUGGCCGUCCCCUCCACGUCGCCCCCCUCCCACGGCUCCCCCACGGGGAUGAUUAAGGAGGCGGCCACGCCCCCCUCCUCCCCCUCCAUGGGCAGCGUCCAGACGGCACAAGGGAGCCCCAGCAUGUCUCACGGCGUGGACGCCAUCGGCCUGCAGGUGGACUACUGGCUGGCCUCGCUGGCCGAGAAGCGGCGGGAGGGCGAGCGCCGCGACACGGGCUGCAAGAACACGCUGAAGAGCGCCUUCCGCUCGCUGCAGGUCAGCAGGCUGCCGGGGGAGGGGGGCAGCGAGCCGCAGGCGCAGGUCAGCACCAUGGCCAUGACCGUGGUCACCAAGGAGAAGAACAAGAAGGUCCCCACCAUCUUCCUGGGGAAGAAGCCCAAGGAGAAGGACGUGGACUCGAAGAGCCAGGUCAUCGAGGGCAUCAGCCGGCUCAUCUGCUCCGCCAAGCAGCAGCAGACCAUCCUGAAAGUGUCCAUAGACGGCGUGGAGUGGAACGAGGUCAAGUUCUUCCAGCUGGCCGCCCAGUGGCCCACUCACGUCAAGUACCUACCCGUCGGACUCUUCGGCUACAGCAAGCCGCCAUCUUAGGUGGGGGAGCGAGGGGGGGCUGGGGGCUCCUCUGACCCCGACUCGACCUUCGACCCUCCUCCAACACGUCGGCACCCUCACAGCACCCCGCCAUCUGAGGGAAGGCGUCGGGUGGCUGGGCUUUUUUUCCCUUUUAUUUUCAUUCAUUCAAGCUGCAGCCGUCUGGUUUCUCUUUAGAAGAGGAGGGUGGAGGAGGAGGAGGGUGGUGGUGGUGUUGGGGGUGCGGCGUUGUUACUAGUCACUUUAAUGCCCCUUUUGUGUGUGUGCAUGCACACGUGAAUGUACAGUUUGUGUGUGUGUGUGUGUGUGUGUGUUUACAAAGGGGCCCAGAGCACAAGUUUAUUAUCUAACUGCCAUUUACGUUUCCGUUCUAUGGAACAUGCAACAGCAUGCAACGGCACAUUGAUUUCAACCUCUCAAUGUCCGACCCUUGACCUCCGCCCCCCCUUGACACACACAAAAAAACAGAAACCCACACGCUUCCACCCCUCAUGUGCCGGACAACAGGGGCUUGCAUGUGACGUCGGUGUUUGGCAGAGGAGACCUUUUUGAUCCUGAUUACUAAAAUCUGUUUCUCUUCAGUCUUCCUUGAUAACUUCCUUUUUUUUUUUUACUUUUUUUUUUUUUUUUUAGAGGAAAGUCGAGCGUUUUGGCUCCACGUGUGAGUGGUUUUGACGGCUGAACUGAAACAUCGUCGGCCAGUAAAGUAUUAGGAAAGUAUUGUUUUUAUUUCUUUUAACAGUGUUGAUGCCAACGUCCCGAUUUUGAACUGCUUGUUGUUGUUGUUUUUGUUUUGUUUUUAUACUUGUGUCCGGACGUCAGUGUUACGACUCGACUCGUUGUCCGCCUGUUACGCGCUUGCUUCGGUUCGGCGCGUCAAUCCACCGACCAAGUACUUUCACACAUUUGAAUGUAUGGGGUUUUGUUUACGUGGGCUGCUUCCAGGCGUCUCCAGACGUUGUGUCAUUGGGCCCGAAAACCGACCACAGCGAGGGGCGACGCCCGAAGAGACGCUUCUAGGAAUAAAAGUGCAACUUUCUGUAUUUGCCACUAAUUACUAUCAAUGAAUAUUCAAAGGAUGCAUUAAGAGUUGAGGAUUGCGCUGCUUCUACACAUGAGCUAUUCCUUUGGGUUACUGUACACGCGUAUAUCCACAUAAAAACAUGAUCCAGCCCACACCUCCACAACCACAUGUUUAAAGCAGCCAUUUCCAUGCUGAGCCCCAAAGAGCCAAACAGGGAAACAAGCAAGAAAACAGCCUUUAAACUGAGCUGAAAUGAGAGCAUUGGACGUAAGUGGUUGGUUGGUCAGAAACACAAAGGUUUAGUUUCCCAAAUUGUCUAACAAAAAAUGUUAAUGUUGAGUUUGUUCUAGUCCAACAGGUCAAGAGGGGGAACCCGUAGUGUAAAUAUAAGAUGGACGUAUCCAGGUGCAGGAUUUACUGUGGAUGAACCAAACUUAAUUGACUUUAAUCAUCGUAACAGCUUUUAUUGUGACGUGUUUCGAUCCUUUAUUGAAGUCGUUGGUGACAACUCUGAAAUCGUUUUUACAAUAAGGUUUUAUUAUGAAAGGUUCUGUGUUUUUAAAUCCGGAAAGAAAAUAGAUAUGAAAAAAAAGAUCAAAAACGUAUAAAUGGAUUUAGAUGUUUUUUUUACACUGUAACCAAGGAGGCUUUAAUGAAAGUUUAAAAAAAGCUCUUUGCCUUGUAGUAAUGUUAGUCAAAUUAUUGCUAUGAUGUGAACUUUACCUAAAUGGUGUCAAGUCCCCGUUUACUGAUGCAGCCUCCCGCAGAGGUCAAAGGUCAGCUGACUCCCUGGUCUCUGAGCUUAAACUAUUCCGCACCAAAAAAAAAAAAAAAAAAGAGCAGCACUAAAAACAAAAUCACUGCCAAAACUUCACUGUACAGGAGUGGCGCUCGUGGCCCGGAUGGAUCUGUGGGUCAGUGACACAUCAGCGUCCCCUCGUCGUCAUUUCAAUGUUUGGAGGAGCUUUUGCCUUCAUCGCUUCCCGUCCCUCCUCCGGCCCGCGCGCUGCUCCUCACGUCGUCCGUGGCAGAGCGCCGGUUGUCACGUGACGACGGUUCCGCCGUCAGUGGUCCGCAGCGUCUCGUCUCUCCACCUUCCUCCUGAUGAUGAGGAUGAUGAUGAUGACGGUGGGCAUCCACAAGCUUAGCCUUCUAAAGUCAUCCGAAAUGAUGUUGUCCCAAUUGACUCAAGAGCUGUCCAUUUGGCCCGCCUGUCGUCACGGUAACGGGACUCGCCCGCGAUGGCAGUAGAUUUCCUCUCCGUGCAGAGCGCCAUAAGCUUGUGGACAGAGUGUUUUUUGCACAUUGCCAUUGUUUCUUCGGCUUGUUUGCCUUUCGCCUAUAACUAUAACACAAUCUAACGCUUGUAUAUAUCAGAUAGUACUUGUUAUAUUGUAUUCUAGUUUUGGUUCUUUUCUUAAUUUGACCUGUUUUGUAGUCCUGCUUUUUCAUGAUUGUGUUUGUCAAUCAAACAAAUGUGGGAUGAAAAGUUCAAGUGUUCAUUGUUUCAUUUGGUUUUU